AUGGCACCCAAGAAGAAAGGGGGGCGCAAGAAGGAGGAGGCGCCCAAAGAGCCCGAGGUCGACGACAACAUCGUCCCGGAGCACAGCCGGGAAUUUUACCUGAUUCAGAUCCGGGAUCUGGAGGGGCGACUAGCCCGCUACCAGCAGAAAUGGGACGAGUUGCAAGUGAGCGACGACCUCUUCCGGGCCGAAUAUGAGAAGAUGGUCGGAGACAACAAGGAGAUCGUGGCCUUCCUGAAGAAGACACUCAACCAGCGGGUGGACGAGAUCGCCGAGCUCUCGCUGCAGCUUCAGCUGCUGCAGCAGGCCAAGGACUCAGAGAAGGACGCCUUCGAAGCUCAGCUGGCCCAGCUGCGGCACGAAUUUCAGGAGACGAAGGACAUGCUCACCUCGGAGAACAUGGCGCUAAGUGGCAAGUUGGCUGCCCUGGAGGAAUUUCGGAUCCAGAAGGAUGAGCUCAUGGCCAAGUUUUCCGACCUCGAGGAGCAAUUGACGAGGCAGGAAGAGAACCACAAGGAAUAUGUUUACAACCUGGAGAAGAAAACUGUGAUAGAUAAAGAGAGGCUGAAGAAGGAGAUGCUGCACCGGGUGAACGCCGUGGCGGCCGAGUUCCGGAAGGUGUCCAACAGCCAGAUGGCGGAGACCACCAAGCGCACCAUCCGCGAGAAUGUCACCAUCAGCCUGCAGCUGACCAAGAUCACGGAGCAGAGCCUCCAGCUCAUCCAGGAGAACGACCGGCUGAAGGAGGCGCACACCAGGACCCUGAAGCAGCUGGACCUUCUGGAGCAAAACGAGAGGCGGAUGGCCAAGACCAGCGUCAGCAACCAGAAGCUGAUUUGGAUGCUGACCACCAAGUGCAAAGAGCUGCAGGCCCAGGUGGACGAGCACCUGCAGGUGAAGAGGGUCCUGGCCCAAACCCAGAAGACCAACGAAGUGCUGGAGCAGCAGAACCAGGCGCUCAGAGAGGAGCUCAGCGCGCAGAAGGACGAGCUGGCGCGGAAGAUGGCCCAGGAGCAAGACCGAGGGAAGAGCCUGCAGGACGAGCGGCAGCGGAGGCUCAUGGCCGAGCAGGCCCUCCGGCACGCUGCCCGGGGCCUCAAGGAAGUGCUGGCGGAACGGCCGCUGGACGGCGAGGCGGACGUCGACGUGAUACUCCAGCUGCGGCGCAACGACGCGUUGCACGGCAUCCUGACCCUCCUGCGCCGCAGCAUCGAGCGCAUCGAGGCCGACCAAGCCCUCCGGCCCUUCCUCCUGGACAGCAAGCUGCUCCACGUGCCCAGUGCGAUGGACAGCCCCCCCAGCGAGCUGCGGGUCCGGCCGGUUCCCACCAUGUCGCACUUCAACAUCUUCAAGUUCGCGAAGUCGCGGCCCGCCCACAGCCUGCCCUCCCUGAGCUCGCUCUCCCGGACGCACGUCGACACCCUGCGGCCCUUCGCCAGCGCCAAGGAGCCCUUGAUAGCGUUGUGGAAGGCGGAGAUGAAAGCAGACGAGGAGAAGCUGUGGGACGGGGUCGUCCAGAAGGGCCUCAGCCUGCCAGAGACGGUGGGGCAGCGCGCCUCCCAGGAGCUGCUCGGGAAGUAGGCGGCGGGGGCGCCUGUCCCCUUUGCUCGGUGCUGGCG